AUGGGCAUUGUGGACUCUAAUACUCCAGAUGGAGCUACAGGGCCAGUAGUCAUACAUAAUGCCUAUCAGGACAGAAAGCCAGCUAGGUAUCCAGCCUGUUAUAAAGGGGUUAUACUGACUUCCAUAAGUUUCAUAAGUUGUACUGAGCUCGAUGAUAAGCAGGAUGAAAACGAGGAAGCAUUAGGAACCACAUGGCACAACGACGAGUUACCUGAAGAAGAAAAGGGCAUAAACCAAAUAGAAGCAUUUCAGGCUUUCCUCAUGAUCUUUGCAUGUCCUCAGAGAAUGGUGGUCAAAGGAUACCAGAGUCAGAACUUCCAAGCUGUUAGUGUGAGUGUGAAGAGUUUUGGUGUACUAGGAAGCCCCUCUACUGUCUCAGGGGUUUCAUAUGUGGAGGCCACAGUAAUGGCUUCUCCCUUGACAUCUGAAGCAGUGCUAACAAUCAAAAAGAUCACUUCACCAAGUUCAUCUCAGCUGUCUGUCUCAUGGAAUCUGUAUUCGACUUCAUGUUCCUACCUUCUAGAUUUGAGGGUAGUGAACAACUCAAAAAUUCUACCCAUUGUUACCGAUUUAUCGGCAGGAACAACGUCCAGGCUUAUUCAGGCACUGAGGCCAGGGGUCACCUAUAAUAUAACGCUGAAAGCCGUCAGUGGAACUGUUGUGCUUGCUUCUACAUGGAAGGAUGCAAUAACAGUUCCUUCAACACCUCAGAUACUCCGGGCAGCUUCUACUUCAAGCUCAGAAAUGAAUGUUGAGUGGUCUGAAGCCGUUGGAGCAGACCGUUACUACCUGGUUAUAAAAUCAUCAACAGAGAGCUACAACCUGUCGUACAGUUCUUUGUCUGCAUAUGUGUCAAGUCUUCAGCCAGUAACACAGUACAAAAUUACCUUAUAUGGGUCAAACACAGCUGGUCUGAGUGCUGCAAGUAAAACCAGAAUCAUUACUACCUUGAUACAGCCUCCUACUGAUGUCAUAGCUACCACAAUCAGUGCAAGUACAGUGCAACUCCAGUGGAAUGAUGUGCCUCUGGUUACUUUUUAUGGCAUUCUUACCUAUAAAACUAAUGUUGACCUUAUAGUGCCAGUGGAUUUUAAGAAAACAUACACAGCUUCCAUUUUGCUGAAUAAUCUCCAACCCUACACUAACUAUACCUUUGGUCUGACAUCAUACAAUGAUUUACUUGUUCCUGGAGAAGAAUAUGACUUCAACUACACAACAAAUUCUAUGGAACCAGUGCAGUACAUUCAAGCACAGUAUUACUGCGCUGAGCAGAUAGCCAUUGUGAUUUGGGAAGCCACUCCAGGGGCAGUAUCGUACACGGUAAUAGCACAAGCAGUAGAUGGGCAUCAGAAAUCCUGCAAAUCAUUAACUGCAAGCUGCAAAAUAUUUGGACUCUCCUGUGGAUUGACUUACUCAGUGAAAGUUAUUGCUGAGAGUACAAGUUGUACAAGUAUAUCAACUGCAGACGUAACAUUUGAUACAGCUCCCUGUCCACCUCUGAACGUGGCAGCAUCACAUGACUGUGAUAACAUACAGAUAACGUGGGACCAGCAUGCACAAGCCACCUCUUAUAUAGCCACAGCUACAGGAUCUGAUGGAACUGUGUCCCAGUGCAGUACAGCUGAAACCUCUUGCUUCUUCCCAACAUUUGGCUGUGGGCAGGAUGUCACAAUGUCGGUCAGAGUGUCUGAUGGAAAGUGCAACAGCUCCAGUAGUGAUGUAGUUCACAUAAAUACAGUGCCAUGUCAGCCACAAAAUGUGAUCGCCACAGUAGACUGUGUGGAUAACUUUUUAACCGUCUCAUGGCAAACAGCAGAGGGUGCUUUGUCAUAUGAAGCAACUGCAACAGGAAGUAAUGGCAACGUCUACGUCUGUUCAUCCUUUGCUGGCAUCUGCAUAAUUGAAGGACUUCUGUGUGGAGACAGCCUGUCAGUAUCUGUCAUUGCUUUUGAUGACCAAUGUUCCAGUUCAGAAUCUAAUCCUGAGAUAGCUGACACAGUUCCAUGUGCGCCUGAAUAUAUUAACGUAAAUGCCAACUGUAGUGACUCAACCGCUUUAGUUACCCAUGACUUCAGCAAUGGAACUAUUUUCUAUGUAUCAUAUGCUGAAGGUGAAGAUGGGACAGAGUACGUCUGUGAAUCGUAUGAAACAAGUUGCUUGUUAACAGAGCUUGCAUGUGGCCAGUCGUAUUCCUUAUAUACAAUUUCAUCUAAUGUAAAGUGUAACAGCUCUAGGAGUGCCACAGUAGGAUUUCAGACAGCGCCAUGUACCCCAUACAAUAUCGAUGGUGCUCUCGAUUGUGACACAAAUUCGAUCAUAGCAAUGUGGGCCCAAAACUCAGGCAGCUUGUCAUACAAUGCUGUAGUAGAAGACUCAGAUGGUGUUGUGCUAUACUGCAACUCCACACAAGACAACUGUAUAAUUCCAGAUACUAAAUGUGGGACGGAAUACAGCCUGUAUGUGACAGCAGAUAACGGAAUAUGCCAGAGCCCCAGAGAUUUGCCAGUUAUACUAGUUUCAGAACCAUGCAUACCUCCCAAUGCUGCAAUCCAGCUUGACUGUGUCAACAGAAACAUACAAAUAUUCUGGUCGCACAGUACUGGCGGUGAGAUGUACACAGCAUACGUAGAGGCAGGUGACAGAUCUGGAAGCUUCUGCAAUUCAACUGGUACAACCUGCAGCAUCGAUGACUUACAGUGUGGUGAACCGUACGGUGUUACAGUCACGGCAUCCAAUAGUAUAUGCAGUAGUGAUCGAAGCGAAGAUAUUUUCCUACAACCAGUGCCAUGUGUCCCGGAAGCUGUGACCACACACUUCGAAUGUGGUUAUAAUAAUGCUGUGAACGUUUCCUGGAACCACACUGUUGCAGCCAAAUACUACAGUGUCACUGCUGUCAGUGCAGAUGAACACACUGUGGUCUAUAACACGACAGAUACGAACUGCACUAUUGACGCUUUGCAGUGUGGUGCACUGUACACAGUUUCAGUAACUGCCUCAAAUGGAAACUGUUUAAGCCAAAUGAGCUUGACAUCAGAAAUUCAGACAGCACCCUGUGUUCCAGAUUACUUGCAAGCACAGCUGGACUGUGGCAGUGACACAGCAAUGUUGUCCUGGUCAGGAAGUGUAGGAGCUAAAUAUUAUACAGCAGAAGCAGUGGGAGAGGAUGGACACAUCGCAACAUGCAACACAUCAGAUACCAGAUGUGAAAUAGGAGGUCUACACUGUGGACAGGUGUACACAGUCACCAUGACUGCAUCUGAUGAGAAGUGUUCCAGCCUGCAGAGUGCAACAUCUCAGGUUACCACAACACCCUGUGUUCCAGAUUACUUGCAAGCAGAGCUGGACUGUGGCAGUAACAUAGCAAUGCUGUCCUGGUCAGGAAGUGCAGGAGAUAAAUAUUAUACAGCAGAAGCAGUGGGAGAGGAUGGACACAUCGCAACAUGCAACACAGCAGAUACCAGAUGUGAAAUAGGAGGUCUACACUGUGGACAAAUGUAUACAAUCAGCAUGACUGCAUCUGAUGAGAAAUGCUCCAGCCUGCAAAAUGCAAUAUCUCAGAUUAACACAGCUCCAUGUGUUCCACAAAAUGUCAUAUCAAAGGUGAACUGCCCAACUGGCAUUGUUGUUGUGUCCUGGAAGAGCAGCCCUGGUGCCAUGUAUUAUAUAACAAAUGCUCUAGGUUCUCGUGGGCACUCAACAUUAUGCAACACAACAGAUACAACCUGCAGCCUAAGAGAUCUUCUGUGUGGACAGACCUAUAGCUUUACUGUAACUGCCUACGAUGAAAACUGCAACAGCAGCCAGAGUAUCGCAGCUGUAUCUGAAUCAGUUCCCUGCGUUGCAUCAAAUGUAGUUGCUGUCCUUGACUGUGGAACGAAUGGAGUCACCGUGUCAUGGAAUGGCGCUGAAGGAGCGCUUUCAUAUGCUGCAGUUCUCACAGGAAAGUACGACGAGACCAGGUGUGAAACCAUCCACAACACCUGUUCCAUUAAUGGCCUGCAUUGUAGUCAGACAUAUGCUGUUUCCGUCAGUGUUCUGGGAGGAUCAUGCGAGAGUUCAACUGGUGCAAUUUCUUUAAUACAGACUGUUCCCUGCAUUCCCAGUAUUACUUCUGCUGAUCUGAAUUGUUCCACUCAAAGUGUGUUUGUUGCAUGGAGUAACGUUACUGGAGCUGAAUCAUAUACUGCAGCAGUAGAAAUAGAUGGCACCCAGACUGCUUCCUGCCAUACAAACAACACUGCAUGUGAAAUUACACAAAUUGCUUGUGGAAAGACUUAUGAAGUAUCUGUUACAGCUACAAAAGCCACAUGCAGCAGCAAUCCAAGUACAUCUCUAACAGUUCAGACAGAGCCCUGCCCUCCUAAGAAUGUAAUGGCUCUUCUUCAAUAUACUAAUGACAUCAGUGUAUCAUGGGGUCCCAGUCCUGGAGCCAUCUCUUACAUACUGACUAUAGCAGGCAGUGAUGGAGUGGUGACCUCAUACAAUGCCACAACUAAUGCUUAUGACAUCACCAGUCUGCCUUGUGGAACAACAUACAGUAUAAUUGUGACUGCGUUGGGAGAUGGUUGCAACAGUGCACAGAGCUCCAGCAUCUCAGCAGAAACAGUACCUUGUGUCCCAGAUGGAAUUACAGUGAUCCCAUUCUAUGAAAACAAUACUGUGUUAAUAUCCUGGAACAAGACUUACGGAGCCACUUCGUAUCUUGUAGUAGGAGAAGGCAGCGAAGGUGACAUCCUGUCAUGCAGUUCAGUGGAUACUUUCUGCUAUUUGAUAGACCUACAGUGUGGAGAAGAGUAUAACAUUACAUUAAUGGCGAUACUUGACAAAACCAAUGGGUCACAAAGUCCAGCGAUCACAAUCAAAUCUGCUCCAUGCCAGCCUUCCCAAGUAAGAUCUGAGUUUAUAUGUGAUACUGAUAUUACAACAGUAAACUGGACCAUUUCUGCGGGAGCAGUUUCAUACCGUGUAAAUGCAAUAGGAAGCAAAGGACACACAGCACUGUGUACAACAUCGGAUACGUUCUGUGACUUUCCCGAUCUGAUGUGUGGGGAAAAUUAUUACAUAACUGUAACAGCACUGAACCUGCAGACUUCUAGCAUCCCAAGCAGCACUUCAGAAAUAACAACAGGACCAUGCAUGCCAGAAAAUAUAGCUGUAUUUGUGAAUUGCCCAUAUGACAUCAUUUCUGUGAGCUGGGACAAAAGUGACGGCGCUGCAUAUUAUACUGUCACGGUGGAGAAUGGUGAUGGCUAUGUCUACUGCAACACAACAGAUACAGGAUGUGACAUCAGCAUUCUGAACUGCGGACAGAUGUAUAGGCUAGCAGUGACAGCACAAGAUGGUGGAUGUCGCAGCAGUGAAGGCUUUUCCAGUUCAUUUUCAACAGCACCCUGUGCGCCUCAGUAUUUGGAUGCACAGGUCAGCUGUGAAAGCGGUGAUGUCACCAUUCAUUGGGAAGAUACCGAUGGAGCGAAGUUCUACAAAGCGAUUGUAGAAGGGGGAGGUGGACAAAUUGAAUCAUGCAACUCUUCGAGUACCUUCUGCGACUUCAGUAACUUAGUGUGCGGUGAUGAGUUCUCUGCAACAGUCGUUGCAUUCGACGAGAGAUGCAACAGCUCUUUUAAUACAUACAUCGCUUUUAACACAGUGCCCUGUGUACCAGACAACAUUGAAGCGUAUCUGAAUUGUGACAGUCAGACAAUCUCAGUGGCAUGGAACAGCAGCAGUGGUGCCAUGUAUUACACAGCAAGUGCCAUCACCAGCAGUGGCCACUCUACUUAUUGUAACACCACAAAUGCAUUCUGUGACAUUAGUGGCCUAAUCUGUGGUGAAACCUACAAUGUGACUCUUACUGCUUCAGACAGCAGCUGUACCAGUGCAGAAAGCAUAAGCUCUUCCGUUCAGUCAGCACCAUGUGUUCCACGCCUAGCUGAUGUUUUCAUGGACUGUGAUAGUAAUAUCAUGUUGGCUACCUGGAACAAGGCAGCUGGUGCAGGUUCGUACAUUGCAACAGCAGAAGAUGGGGAUGGUAGAUUGCACUUAUGCAUCGUCAAUGACACCAGCUGUGAGAUUAGUGACCUGGUGUGUGGGACACACUACCAAGUUACUGUGUUAGGUGUGAGUGAAGAUGAAUCGUGUAACAGUACUCUAAGUGACAGCAUUACUACUGAAACAGCACCUUGCAUUCCACAGAAUAUUCACCACCAUCUGGACUGCCAAACAAAUGAUGUCACAGUAUCCUGGAACAGCAGUGAUGGAGCCCUGCAGUAUAUGGUUGUGGCACAAGGAAAUGAUGGCCAUUCAGUGACUGUUAACACAACACAAACCACCUGUGACUUCGCUGCUCUACAUUGUGGACAAAGCUAUACAGUGCAAGUAACAGCGGGAGGGACAAACUGCACAUCACAAGCUGAGCACAUGUUUAUCACAGCACCGUGUGCCCCUGAAGGCCUGCAGCCACAUGUGGAUUGUGCCACUAACAUAAUGUUAGCCACUUGGGUUCAAAGUAAAGGAGCAGAGAGUUAUGUUACAACAGUAUAUGGGUCUGAUGGACAAAAAGAGCAGUGUAACACAACUGAUACUGAGUGCGAGUUCACCACACUUCAUUGCGGUGACACAUUUGACAUGGUCGUGAUGGCUGUGAAUGAGCAAUGCAGCAGUAAUGACAGCACCACUGUUCAGUUUAAAUCAGCACCUUGUACCCCUGAAGGCCUGCAGCCACAAGUGGAUUGUGCCACUAACAUAAUGUUAGCCACGUGGAAUCACAGUAAUGGAGCAGUGAGUUAUGUUACAACAGUAUAUGGGUCUGGUGGACAAACUGAGCAGUGUAACACAACUGAUACUGAGUGCGAGUUCACCGAUUUACAAUGUGGUGACACAUUUGAAAUGGUCGUGACUGCAGUGAGUGAACAGUGCAACAGUAAUUACAGUACUCCUGUUCAGUUUAAAUCAGUGCCAUGUGCGCCUGCAAAUCUGGUAGCAGAGGUAGAUUGUAACACGGGUGCCACCAACUGUUCUUGGAAUUCCAGUAACGGAGGGAAAUGGUAUACCAUUACAGCAGAGGGGUCAGAUGGCUCUGUAGCCGAAUGCAAUACUACAGAACUAAGCUGUGAGAUCAUAAACUUAAAUUGUGGUCAGAACUACACCAUGUCUAUUGUAGCUGCAGAUGAAGUUUGUGAGAGCUCUCUGCAUUUAAUAACGGACAUCAAAUCAGUGCCAUGUAAACCUGACAAUAUCCAAGCUACUCCCGACCAGAACAAUCCUUAUGCUGCUCUAGCUACUUGGAGUCCGAGCGAAGGCGCACUGUCAUAUACAGCAACCCUGGAAGGAAUGAACGGGCAUAGAAUAUCAUGUAACAGCACUGAUACAGAAUGUUCUGUCAGUAAUCUCCACUGUGGACAGACAUACUCAGUGAAUGUUCUAGCACACAAUGAGAAGUGCAGCUGUUAUUCAAACACAACCGAAAAUAUCACAACUGCUCCGUGUGCACCUCAACAUAUUUCAGCUGUUAUGAAUUAUGACAACUCCAGUGUUACAGUGUCCUGGGAUGUAGCAAAUGGCUCACUUGUCUACAUUUCAAUAGCACAAGGCAGUGAUGGAGACCUAAAGAUUUGUGAAACUAUGGAUUUAUUGUGCAUCUUUCAGAAUCUACAUUGUGGAGAGAAUUAUACCAUCACAGUGAUAGCAACAGGGGAAGGUGGAAACAGCACAAAAAAUCCUACUGUAACUGUCACAACAGCUCCCUGUCCACUGCAAGAAAUUUCAGCUGUUAUGAAUUAUGAUGACUCCAGUGUUACAGUGUCCUGGGUUGCAGAGGAUCCCUCACUAGUAUACAAAGUGAUAGCACAAGGCACUGAUGGUGACAUUGUGACUUGUGAAACUACGGCUUCAUCUUGCAUCUUGCCGAAUCUGCAAUGUGGAGUCAAUUAUACCAUCACAGUGAUAGCAACAGAAGAAGGUUUAAACAGCACCGGGAACCCCACUGUCACUGUGACAACAGCUCCCUGUCCACUGCAACAGAUUUCAGCUGUUAUGAAUUAUGAUGACUCCAGUGCUACAGUGUCCUGGGUUGCAGAGGAUGCCUCACUAGUAUACAAAGUGAUUGCACAAGGCACUGAUGGUGACAUAAAGACUUGUGAAACUACAACUUCAUCUUGCAUCUUGCAGAAUCUGCACUGUGGAGAUAAUUAUACCAUCACAGCGACAGCAACAGAAGAAGGUUUAAACAGUACCGGGAACCCCACUGUCACUGUGACAACAGCUCCCUGUCCACUGCAAGAAAUUUCAGCUGUUAUGAAUUAUGACAACUCCAGUGCUACAGUGUCCUGGGUUGCAGAGGAUGCCUCACUAGUAUACAAAGUGAUAGCACAAGGCACUGAUGGUGACAUAAAGACUUGUGAAACUACGGCUUCAUCUUGCAUCUUGCAGAAUCUGCACUGUGGAGAUAAUUAUACCAUCACAGUGAUAGCAACAGAAGAAGGUUUAAACAGCACCGGGAACCCCACUGUCACUGUGACAACAGCUCCCUGUCCACUGCAAGAAAUUUCAGCUAUUAUGAAUUAUGACAACUCCAGUGUUACAGUGUCCUGGGUUGCAGAGGAUGCCUCACUAGUAUACAAAGUGAUAGCACAAGGCACUGAUGGUGACAUAAAGACUUGUGAAACUAUGGAUUCAUCUUGCAUCUUGCAGAAUCUGCACUGUGGAGAUAAUUAUACCAUCACGGUGAUAGCAACAGGAGAAGGUUUAAACAGUACCGGGAACCCCACUGUCACUGUGACAACAGCUCCCUGUCCACUGCAAGAAAUUUCAGCUGUUAUGAAUUAUGACGGCUCCAGUGCUACAGUGUCUUGGGUUGCAGAGGAUGCCUCACUGGUAUACAAAGUGAUAGCACAAGGCACUGAUGGUGAUAUAAAGACUUGUGAAACUAUGGAUUCAUCUUGCAUUUUGCAAAAUCUGCACUGUGGAGAUAAUUAUACCAUCACAGUGAUAGCAACAGACAAAGUUUUAAACAGUACCGGGAACCCCACUGUCACUGUGACAACAGCUCCCUGUCCACUGCAACAGAUUUCAGCUGUUAUGAAUUAUGACGACUCCAGUGCUACAGUGUCCUGGGUUGCAGAGGAUGCCUUACUAGAAUACAAAGUGACAGCACAAGGCACUGAUGGUGACAUAAAGACUUGUGAAACUAUGGCUUCAUCUUGCAUCUUGCAGAAUCUGAACUGUGGAGAUAAUUAUACCAUCACAGUGAUAGCAACAGGAGAAGGUUUAAACAGCACCGGGAACCCCACUGUCACUGUGACAACAGCUCCCUGUCCACUCCAACAGAUUUCAGCUGUUAUGAAUUAUGACAACUCCAGUGCUACAGUGUCCUGGGAGGCAGAGGAUCCCUCACUAGUAUACAAAGUGACAGCACAAGGCACUGAUGGUGACAUAAAGACUUGUGAAACUAUGGCUUCAUCUUGCAUUUUACAAAAUCUGCACUGUGGAGAUAAUUAUACCAUCACAGUGAUAGCAACAGAAGAAGGUUUAAACAGCACUGAGAAUCCCACUGUCACUGUGACAACAGCUCCCUGUCCAUUGCAACAGAUUUCAGCUGUUAUGAAUUAUGACAACUCCAGUGCUACAGUGUCCUGGGUUGCAGAGGAGGCAUCACUAGUAUACAAAGUGACAGCACAAGGCACUGAUGGCGACAUAAAGACUUGUGAAACUAUGGCUUCAUCUUGCAUUUUACAGAAUCUGCACUGUGGAGAUAAUUAUACCAUCACAGUGAUAGCAACAGAAGAAGGUUUAAACAGCACCGGGAACCCCACUGUCACUGUGACAACAGAGCCCUGCACUCCAAGCAACAUUGGUGCAUAUUUGGUCUGUGAAACAAAUACAGCCAAUGUGUCAUGGAAUCUCAGUGCUGGAGCACAAUAUUACAUCACCACUGCAACAGGAAGUGAUGGUAGUCAAGUAUCUUGUAAGACGGACAGCCUGUCUUGUGACCUUGUGGGACUGCACUGUGGAAUGAAGUACAACAUAUCUGUCAAAGCAUUAGACAAUAAGAGUCAGAGCAAACCAACAUCUGUAGUUAAUAUACAAACAGUGCCAUGUAUUCCUCAAAAUGUCAGAAUCCUAGAGAACUGUCCCAACAAUUCAACGGUAAUAGCUUGGGAAUUAAGCAGGGGAGCACAAAACUACAGAGCAGUAGCCGAAGACACAGAAGGCAAUUUACUUGUAUGUACAUCAGCAAUAAGCACGUGUGAAAUUCAAGACCUGCUGUGUGGAACUGCAUACAUCAUACAUGUUACAGCAUCAGAUUCGUCCUGCACCUCACCUCCAGCUUCUUCUUACACUACAAGAACAGCACCUUGCCCACCACAGAACACUAUAAUGUCUGUGGAUUGUGCAACUCAGAUUGCGUCAUUUUCCUGGGAUCAGGUUGGUGGAGCCGUAUCGUACAGCGUAAUUGCAACUGGGGAUGAUGGUGGCAUCUACUCCUGCAAUACCACAGACACUUUCUGUCACAUUACCACUCUGAAAUGUGGACAGAAAUAUACUGUUGACGUGCUAGCCAUAGACGAUUUACAAUGUAACAGCGUGCCAGAAUCAUCAAGUGAAAUUCAGUCAGUGCCAUGUGUCCCACAGAUCAUUAGUGCUGAUGUCAACUGCGAGACCAAUUAUGCAACUGUUGUUUGGAAUUACAGUGAUGGGGCACUUUCCUAUGAAGCAACUGCAACAGGACUGAAUGGACAUAAAGCAAAAUGUAUUUCAUCAAAUGAGACCUGUGACAUAACUGAAUUAGAGUGCGGAUUGGAAUAUCAAGUAACCGUGACAGCUGUAAGCAAUGAGUGCCAGAGUGUGAGCAGUUCUGCAAUGGACAUUAUAACAGUGCCAUGUGUUCCUGAGAAUUUGCAAGCUACAAUAGAUUGUCAGAGCAAUGUGGCAACCGUGUCCUGGAAUGAAAGUCAGGGAGCAGAUUUCUACUCUGUGAUGGCAAUGGGAGCGGAUGGGCACAUCAUUUUCUGUAGUGCCACUAAUACAUCUUGUAAGAUGACCGACCUUCGAUGUGGGCAGCCUUAUAAUAUGACAGUAACAGCAACAGGACUGCCAUGCAACAGUUCACAAAGCAUGGUAACCGAUAUCCAAGCAGUUCCCUGCAGCCCACAUUAUAUCUUGGCUGAGACUGACUGCGAUACCGGAACAGUGGCGAUAUCCUGGGAACAAAGCGAGGGUGCAUUGUUUUAUGCUGCUUUUGCUGAGGACAGUGAAGGGAAUAGUGUAUCAUGUAACACUUCAAGCACGACUUGUGAUAUCAACAGCCUGCAGUGUGGCCAGUCUUACACAGUGUCCGUUAUAGCAAGUGAUAACAUCUGCAGCAGUGCUGAGAACGAAACAUUUACAGUCAGUACAGCACCCUGUAGCCCACCAAAUGCCAGAGCUACACUGGGCUGUGCCAGCAAUGUUAUAUCCAUCUACUGGGGUCAGAGUAAUGGCGCACAACUUUAUAUUGCAAGUGCAGUCUCUGAAGAUGGUGACAGUUAUUCUUGCAAUACAACGGACACAAGCUGUGAUUUUGUGGAUGUACAGUGUGGAGAAAAGUAUCUUAUCACUUUGAUGGCAAACGAUUCAAAAUGCAACAGCCACAUUCAGACCGUCGCUACACUUCAGACAGCACCGUGCAUUCCAGAAAAUGGUUACGCCGAGCUCGAUUGUUCUACCAACAUUAUAGCUGUAUCGUGGAAUCAAAGUAAAGGUGCAGUAAAUUACAUUGCAACAGCAGUCGCUCCCAAUGGACUAAAUUAUUCCUGUGAAACAACCAGUACAGCCUGUACCAUAGAAGAUGCAGAAUGUGGGCAGACAUACGUCAUUGAUGUGACAGCAACAGAUUCAAACUGCAGCAGCUCUCCUCACACUGUAACUACACUUCAUGCAGUUCCAUGUGCGCCCAUUAAUGCUCAGACGCAGCCUGGCUGCUUCAGUAAUUUCACACUAGUAUCAUGGGGUCGCAGUGAAGGGGCACUGGAAUACAUCGCCACAGCUGAAGACCCCGAUGGCCAAGUAUAUACAUGCAUAUCAUCUUCAGGGUUUUGUCAGAUUGAAGAUUUGAACUGUGGAAUGGAAUAUGCAGUGCAUGUUAUAGCAUCAAACAACAUCUGCAAUUCUUCACAAAGUACUUCCUCCAAAAUAAAAACAGCACCAUGUCCAGCAAAGAACAUUAGCACACAUGUGGACUGCACCACGGAGAUUGCCUUGUUUUCCUGGGACCCAAGUGAGGGAGCCAUAUCCUACACAGCUAGUGCAAGUGGGCGUGAUGGAAGUAGUUAUACCUGUAACACAACUGACACAUCUUGUAGUAUCCCAACCCUGGCAUGUGGACAGAAAUACACUGUGGAUAUUGUAGCAACAGAUGAGAUGAACUGCAGCAGUAUGUCAGAGGCGCCAAUGGAAAUACAAUCAGUGCCAUGUGUUCCAGACAUCAUCAGAACUGAUGUGGACUGUGAUACCAACAUUUUAGCCAUUUUCUGGGAUAAUGCCAAAGGGGCAGAGUCAUAUACAGCUAAAGCAUUAAACAGCACUGAGGAAGCUACAUCCUGCAAAACGGAAAAUACCACCUGUGAACUGGAUGGCCUGCUCUGUGGUGCAAGCUACUUUGUGACUGUUACAGCUCAUGAUACACAAUGCAGCAGCUUAGAAAGUUCUCAUCUUGCAGUGGACACAGUGCCAUGUGUUCCCGAUGGUUUGCAAGCAUCAGUGAUCUGUGACAGCAAUGAUGGAGAUGUAUCAUGGCAACCAAGCCAAGGGGCAGAAUCAUACUCCGUGACAGCAGUGGACAGUGAUGGACAUAUUGUAUUCUGUGACUCGGGCAAUACUUCUUGUCAGCUUAGUGAACUGAAUUGUGGAAAGCAAUACAAUGUAACAGUAGCAGCUAUUGCCAACCUAUGCAACAGCUCACAGAGUUUACCCAUCAAUAUUCUAUCAGUGCCUUGUAGUGCAUAUCAUACGGCAACAUCAAAGAUCUGUGAGACUGGGCUUGUGUCUGUCUCGUGGGAGCAUGGUGAAGGCACAGAUUUAUACACUGCAAUCGCUGAGGGUACUAGUGGAUUUUCUGCCACCUGUGAAACGCAGGAAACAUCAUGUGACCUAUCUGACUUGCUUUGUGGACACACAUAUACCAUAACAGUUAAAGGAACCAAUUAUAAUUGCAGUAGUUAUAGCAGUGACUCUGCAACAGUGAAUACAGUACCAUGCAGACCCCAAAAUGUGAAAUCGACACUAACCUGUGCUACAAACAUUGGGUUGGUUACAUGGGAACCAGCAGAUGGCGCUCAGUCAUACAAAGUUGUUGCUGAAGGAAGUAAUGGCGAGGAAGAAUCCUGUAGCACAACAGACACAAACUGUACACUUACAAAACUAAGCUGUGGGCAGUAUUACAGAAUAACCGUGAUAGCCUUAGAUGAUGCCUGUGCUACAGCAACAAGUAUUUCUAACAUCAAGGCAGCUCCUUGUGCCCCAGUGAACGUCAAUGGAGAACUGAGCUGCACAACUAAUACAGUGACUGUGUCGUGGGACCAAAGUGAAAAUGCAAUUUCAUACACCGCAACUGCAGUUGGAAUAGAUGGGCACACAGCAUCCUGCAACUCAGAGACUACAACAUGUGACAUUUCUAGUUUGCACUGUGGACAGAGCUACAGCGUGACUGUCACGGCUUAUGAUAACAAAUGUGGCAGCGACAGCAGUGCAGCAUUCACGUUUGUGACAGUUCCAUGUGUUCCCAGCAAUACUCAAGUGCAGGUGGAUUGCGCUACAAACUCAGCAGUGUUUUCUUGGGAUGCCAGCAAGGGUGGGACAUCGUACUUUGCAGUUACAGAGGAAGGCCAUAACAGUGUGUCAUUCUGCAGCACAAAGCAAACCAAAUGUGCGACUGAGAAUCUUGUUUGCGGUACCACAUACACAUUCUCUGUAUCUGCUUCUGAUGGGGUCUGCAACAGCUCUUACAGUUUGCCCAUAACUGGGGGAGCAGUUCCAUGCCCUCCUGAUGUUCCAGGUAUAUAUCUUCGUCGCAUGUUCUACGGUACUCAGGAAGCUGAAAUAAGCUGGAUUGAAAGCCACUGUGGAUCAGAAUAUUCAGCUAAUGUCAUAGGACAGAUGGAAAAUGAUCCAGACUCUCAGUUUAAUUUAACAUCUUACUGGACGGACUAUCCCUUUUUCCUUAUACCCAUUCCCUGCAGUUCAACAUUCAACAUCUCCAUUACAGCAAAAAAUGCAGCAGGUGUCAGCGUUUAUGGUCCUCCAUUUGGUGGCAUGACAGCUCCCUGUCCACCGCAAAGAAUUACUGUGGCAAACAAUUCAAAUUCGCUUCAGAUUUCAUGGCAAACAUCCACCUUUGCUACAACAUACAAAGUAUACAAUGUUUUCAAUAAUCAAAGCACUGUGAUUUGUACAACUUCAGACUCCACGUGCAGCGUGCCAACUUCAGUGAGUGGGUAUAUCGAAGUCACAGCUUUGAAUUCAGCAGGAGAAAGUGAGCCUGGUUUGCAAGCAGCACAGAGAAGGAAGAAGAGAAGUGCCAAGAAGUAAUCCCAUAAUAUCAUCUGGAGAAGGAGUAUACCCACAACUACUGUUCACCAGAACUGCCUUAUAAAAAUGCACUUCCACUUUGUAAUUAAAACUGCUGCUUCAUUUCAUAGUUUUUAGAACUUGUAUUUACACACUGCAAAAUGAAGGAAACAAGAUUAGCAUAUUAUUAAAAAAGAUAUAUAAUUUUUUUCUUGUAAAUGAAGUACUCUAUUUUUGUGAAAAAUAAUAAAUAUGCAUGUCGACAUAUACAUUCCUUGUUACGCUUUUCUGCAGUAUUUUCUUUCUAAUGGCAUAUCAGUAAAACACUUACAGCAGUAAUGUAAAAUGUCUUGUAAUUCUAUUGAUUUUUGCAACCAGUCAUUGGGGUACUGGAUUUCACAAUAAAAAAUAUGUGCCUGGAAAAA